AUGGCCUCGAACACAGCUAAGACCAUGAGGGAGGAAGCCAUAUGCCCCAUCUGCUUGGAGCUGGUGACUGAGCCCGUGAUGAUAGACUGUGGGCACAUCUACUGCCAUUCUUGCAUGAUGCGAAAUAUUGAGAACAAGCAAAAGCAGUCACCAUCACAGGGAAACCUCCAGCAGUCACCAUCACAGGAAAACUUCCACUGUCCUGUAUGUAGGGCAGAGUUUCAAAGGGAGAGCAUCCGGCCCAGUAAGCAACUAGAAAGCAUCAUUGGCACCAUUAGGAAGAUGGAGCAGGAACACUUGUGUGAGGAACACGGAGAGAAGCUCAGCCUGUUCUGUGAAGAUGAUGAUCAGCUCAUCUGCUGGCGCUGUGAGCGGACACCAGAGCACAGAGGGCACACCACGGUCCUUGCUGAAGAUGCCUGUCAAAGCCACAAGGAAGUCUUCCAGAAAAUUUUGACAUCCCUGAGGAAACUCGAAGACCAAAAUAAAGAAUGGCAACAGAACAGAAGAGAGCAAAUGAGAAAAUUUCAGUCUGAAAUACUGGACACAAAAGAAUUUAGCCAGUUUGUCUUUAAGGAAAUUCACCAUGUCCUACGUGUGGAGGAAGAUGUGUAUCUACGGAAACUGGAGAAAGAAAAAGAGAAAAUACUAAAGAGACUGCAGGACAGUGAAGCCCAGAUAGAGAAGCAAAGCCAGGAACUGAACAAACACAUGCUGGAGCUGGAGAGGAAAUGUCAGGGCUCAGCCCAGGAGUUACUGCAGGAUGUGAGAGACACUUUGGACAGGAUUUCUACUAUGAAGUUAAAUGCACCAGAGGACGUCUCAUGGCAUAUUCAGACUCUGCCUGAUCCUGAUUGCAUUUUCUGUGAAUUUACAAAAUUGGCUGAAACUUAUAAUGCUAAGAUUACUCUAGAUCCAGAUACGGCUCACAAUGACCUACUUGUGAAUGAGGAUGAAAACAAGGUGACCGGUGGAUCCCCCCAGGUGAAGCAUGAGACUCCUGCUAGGUUUAGAGAUUUACCCUGUGUCCUGGGGUGUGAGGUCUUCAACUCAGGAAAACAUUACUUUAAAGUGGAUAAUAUAACAGGCACUGAAUGGGAUGUAGGAGUGUGUCUGGAAAAUGUGCCAAGGGACAAUGACAAGACACGGGAUCCUGAGACUGGAUUCUGGGCCAUCAGACGCUGCCGACAGAGGGGCUAUGUAGCCCUUACAUCUCCCCUAACUUCACUUUGUCUGGAGGAGGAGAUUAGGUGUCUAAGGGUUUUCCUGGACUAUGAGGCCGGACUUGUCUCCUUUUACAACUCAGAUACAAGCUCCCACAUCUUCACCUUCCCACAGGCCUCUUUCUCUGGGCCUAUCAGGCCUUAUUUCCGUAUUGGUGAAGAUUCUCAUUUGUGUAUUGAUGACCCAGAUUUGUAAGAAAUUUGUAAGAAAAAGGUUUUGUAAGAUUUGUAAGGAAAAACACAGUAUCCUUAUUCUUGUAUCCAGUUUAUAGAAAUAGGGUUUAAAUUCUGUGAGGGUAGAAAUUUUGGCUGCUUUCUUCACUAUUUGCUAUAACCUAGAAUGAUGUCAAGCUUUAGUAAAUACCUAAUAGAUUUGCAUUGAAUGAAGGGAUAUAAAGACUCUAAAACAAGUACCACAGAUGAGGAACCUGCUUCACAGGGAAGUUACUUAAUUACAAAGACCAUACACUGUCCUACUGAUCUCUCAUCAGUGAGUUCAGUUUUAUGAAAUAAAUACUGGACCUAGGUAAAUUACCACCAGUUAUUUCUUCUUAUGAAAGAAAAGCCUUUCUGUGGAACAUGAAAAUGAUGAAACAAGGAGGGUAACGGCUGUACAUGAUAACCUUUUAGUGUCGGUAUUGCAAACCAUAAUGUUCUAAAGCUCUAAAGCAGAGAGAGAGAGAGAGAGAGAGAGAGAGAGAGAGAGAGAGAGAGAGGGAAAGGAAAAGAGAAAGAGAGAUGGAUACAGACAAGACACAGAUACAGACCCAGACAGGCAGGGAGAGAAACAGAGAAGAAAAGUAAAAGUGUCUACU